AGCUAUCAUUUUUAUCUCCUCUCCUCAUCACAAGAGCUCCUCAAUCAUCGCACUCAGAAUUCGAUCGCACUUCGAGUCGGCAUCGAGGUUCCAUCGUCAGCUCAUAGAUCCGGUCACCUUGCACCAAUGGACAACAAUGAAGUGGAAGUGCCUCGAUUCUUCCUCUGCCCUAUCUCGCUGGAGAUCAUGAGAGAUCCGGUCACCUUGUCAACAGGGAUAACCUACGACCGAGAGAGCAUCGAGACAUGGCUGUCCACGUCCAAAAACAGCUUGUGCCCCGUCACCAAGCAGCCGAUCUCUGAUGAGGACCUGACCCCCAACCACACCCUCCGCCGACUGAUCCAAUCUUGGUGCACCCUCAACUCAUCUAAAGGCAUCGAGCGAAUCCCGACUCCCAGGGCUCCCAUCAGCAAAGCCCAGAUCACCGAGAUCCUGCGCGAUGCCGAGAAGCCUCAGCUCCAGCAGAAGUGCCUUAGGCGGCUGAGAUCUAUCGCUUCUCGUAAUACUUCAGCCAAGCGUUGCAUGGAAGCUGCCGGUGCUGUCGAGUUCCUGGCCUCGGUGAUAAACACCAACUCGCAAGAUCAGUCAUUGGCGUCGGAAGACGGGUCACUUCUCAACAUCAAAGCACCGAGCGACGACGCUCUGUGCAUCCUCUACAAUCUGCAGCUCUCCGAGCAGGGCCUUAAGAGCCUUGUGGCCAAGGACAGUGAGUUCACUGAGUCGCUCACGCGCAUCAUGCAGCGUGGGCCCUACGACUCGAGGGCGUACGCUGUGCUGCUGCUCAAGUCGAUGUUCGAGGUCGCUGAACCGAUGCAGAUCAUCACGCUGAGGCAGGAGUUCUUUGCUGAGGCGGUCCAAGUCCUGCACGACCAUAUCUCUCAGCAGGCCACCAAGGACACGCUGAAGCUACUGAUAAACCUAUGCCCUUGGGGCCGAAACAGGAUCAAAGCCGUCGAGUCCGGGGCAGUCUCGGUAUUGAUCGAGCUGCUUCUUGAUUGCUCUGACCGCAGGACAUGCGAGUUAAUAUUGAUGUUGUUGGAGAUGCUGUGUCAAUGUGCCGAGGGGAGGUCGGAGUUGCUAAGCCACGGGGCGGGCCUCUCGAUUGUGUCGAAGAAGAUACUUAGGGUUUCGCAGGUGGCUAGCGAGAGGGCAGUCCGAAUUCUGCUCUAUGUCUCCAAGUUCUCGGCAACUACGAGCGUGGCGCAAGAGAUGUUGCAGUUGGGCAUCGCAAUGAAGCUGUGUUUGGUUCUGCAGGUGGACUGCGGGAGGAAGAUCAAAGAAAAGGCGAUUGAGAUACUGAAAUUGCAUGCCAGGGUUUGGAAGCACUCUCCUUGCUUACCCUCCAAUUUGCUCUCUUCAUACCCAUCUUGAAAUGGAGAGGGAGCUUGCAGUUUUCUUGCUUUUUUCGACUAAGCAUUUGUAUAUUGAUUUCUGAAAUGGUUACUGUCCCACCAUCGGUGAAAGUUUUACCUUCCCAACUGAUGGACAGAAUAAGAACACUAGUGUAAUUUGGAUAUUCUUAUACAGAUAUGUACAUGACC